AUGUCUCGUCACGUGCACACCCGAGACGCGGAGGCGCGAAAGCCGCUUCUCACCGGUGUCUACCUGGAGCCGAACGAGCUGGACUCAGAUGAAGGUGAAACAAUUUUCGACAGGAGCGCAUCAAAUAUCACACAUGAUGUUGGUGGGAGUGCACAGAAAAGAUUAACAUAUGAGGAAGCAGUAGAUAUAGCAGGUUUUGGAGUGUUCCACUGGCUGCUGUUGGUGGUGUGUGGCUGGGCCAAUGCCAGCGAUGCCGUGGAGAUUCUCUGUGUAUCUUUUCUCCUGCCAACAGCGCGCUGCGAUCUGCAGCUGAGCUCUUCAGACAUGGGCCUACUGACUGCCAGCAUUUUCCUUGGAAUGAUGGUGGGCGGCUACAUGUGGGGAUACCUGGCUGACCAGAGGGGGCGUCGCAGGGUCUUGGUUGUGUCCCUGACGGUUAACGGGGUGUUUGGAGCUCUGGCCAGCGUGGCUCCGUGGUUCUGGCUCUUCCUGCUGCUGCGGUUCAUCAGCGGCAUCGGUGUAGGUGGGUCGAUCCCGGUUAUCUUCUCCUACUUCUCAGAGUUUAUGCCCUGUCAGAGGAGAGGCGCAAUGAUCAGCGCUCUGGCCACCUUCUGGAUGGCAGGGAACAUCUUGGCUGCAGGACUGGCCUGGUUGGUGAUUCCAAGAACCUGGGCCCAUUUCUCACUGGGAUCACUGGACUUUCAGAGCUGGAGACUGUUUGUGGUGCUCUGCUCUGUCCCCAGCCUCACCUCAGCCGUCCUCUUCAGGCUGCUCAUGCCUGAAAGCCCCAAGUUCCUCAUGGAGGCUGGCCGGGAGAAAGAGGCGAUCCGGGUAUUCCAAGUGAUAUUUGAGCUCAACAUGUGGGGAAAGGGAAAAGAUUUCCCGGAAUUUGGUUUGUGCAACAGCUCCAAGCAAAAAGGGGAACUGGACAAGACCAGGGCCCGGGGUUCACAAAGAGAGAGACUUGCCUGUAUUUUGAAAAAGGCCCUGGUUCCCAUUAAACAGAUGUUUAAUGAUUCGCUUAAAUCCAGGAGCUUUGCACUGCUCAUCAUCUUCUACUGCAUUUCCUUUGGAUACUAUGGACUGUGGAUGUGGUUCCCAGAGCUGUUUGAGAGAAUUGAGGACGGCGGCUCGCCCUGUGCCAACGUGUCCCUGCUGUCUCCACUCCACAACCAAAGCUGCUACCCGGUCAAGACAGCAGUGUAUAUGGAGGGCUUCAUCAUUGCUGCAUCCAACUUACCGGGAAACAUCUUCACUAUUCUUAUGAUGGACAGCAUGGGAGGAAAGGCUCUACUGUCCUGCAGCCUGCUGGUGUCCAGUCUGAGCGUCUUCCUCAUCUAUGUGGUCCAGACCAAAACCCAGAGUCUGAUCCUCUCCUGUGUCUUUAGUGGCGUGUCAGUUAUUGCCUGGAAUGCCCUGGACGUGGUGGGAACGGAGCUCUACCCGACCCAGCUACGGUCCUCUGCUCUCGGUUUCUUCACAGGAGUGGGCCGAGUGGCAGCCAUCAUGGGUAACGUAGCCUUUGGGAAGUUGGUAGACACAAACUGUGCCAUCCCGGUCCUGCUGGUGUCAGCUCUGCUGCUCACCGGAGGACUGGUGGCUCUUCUACUUCCACAAACCAGGCAGACUGAGCUCACCUGACAGCUCACAAUCUACUGCACAUCACAUUAUUUUAUAUAAAUAAAUCAUAGGAAAACAUCCCCUUAAUUUCCACAUGAAAGCAGACUGGAAUGAUCUCUGAUCGUUUAUCUCCUGUUUUGGCUCCCAGAGGAUAUUGGAAUCCUGCCCCUUCUGUCAUCUCUCUGUGCCUUUUGUACGGUGCCUCAUUUAAAAUGCCAAAGACAAGAACAAAUUCAAAAGACAGCAGGGACAGCAGAAGAAGAAUUAUUCCGGAAAGUGAGAAAGUAGUCCAAUAGUCCUUUAGAUUGGAAGCUUGUGAUGGUUAAAACUCUUUUCAGGUGUGAGUCAAGGUAUGAAGGACACCUUUCAAACGUUUGUCUUUAAACUCUACAAACAUCUUACUUUAUAAGUUGGACAUGAUUUCUGGAGUAUGCUGUAAUACGUGAUGCUGGUGGUUCAAGAUAUUUCUAGAAAAGAAACACUGCACAUUCUAUAUAUUGUGUACAUCUAUGCAUACAGUAAAUUGUUUCAUUUAGCUCCCAGUCUCAUUUUUACUACACAAACUGGACCACGCCAGUUCAGCAUUCCUUCAGGAAACCAAAACAUUGCUAAUUUCAGAUUACAAUAAUUUAAAAAAGGACCAAGUAUAGAUGAACAAACCCUUACAGUGUAUGAGCUUGAGUUGCAAUAUUGUUGAUGGGUUCAUAUACCCAUUGGUAAUUCUGUAAAGCUGUGUGAACUUUGUGGCUAGUAAAGCACUUUUGUUUAAACAAACACUACAUCCCUUCAUGUCAGCUGUGUGUGUUUUUGUGUGUAAUAUCACCUACACUGCCAUACAGCUCAGGGUUUGAAGAACAUCAGUGCAGGAACUAGUACGCAGUUCCUUUAAUUAAGUAAAAGCACCAAGACAACCGUAUUAAAAAAAAGAAUACAAGUUUAAGUCCUACACUCAAAAAUGUCCUUAAGUAAUAGUACUUUCACCAAAGUGUACUUUAAGUAUCUAGAGUAAAAGUACUCACUCUGCAGUGAAAUGUCCCGUGACUGAUAUAGAGUACUAUAAAAUAUGACAUUAGAUUGUAAAUGUGUAAGUGAGAUUUUACAGCUGUAGCUGGUUCAUGUAGAGCUAGUUUGAGCUGAUUCAUUUAUUUUAGAAAUUGCUGGUUUGAUGUUUAGCAAUAAAUUAUAUUUCAUAAGCUUUAGGGAUGUAAUGCUAUGAAAAUUUAGCUUCACAAUUAUAGUGACCAAAAUGAUCAUGGUUUUUGGUAUUAUCGCUGUAUUAUUAAAAGUGUGUACAAUAUGUUCUGAAAGCAUUGAUAGGCCUACACAAGCUGAAAUAGUUUCAAAAAGUGUAACAUUUUAAACAUCAAAGGAACAAGGGUUCAGCUUAUUUGUCAGGAACAUUUCUAGUAGUGCAUGUUUAAAUGAUACAAAUCCAGACAUUCAAGCUAAGACAUAAAGAACAAUAUGUUACAGCUAUGUUAACUAUCUUCAAUCAACUGUCCUUCGGCAUUCCUAUAAUCAAAAUAUGCCCACGCUUCAGUCCUCUUAGAGGGCUGAUAAAUGUCCGCUGUCAUCUCCUCCUUCCGCCAUGAUUCCAACUUCAAGAAACGCACGUUGUAGGCUACGUAGUAACUUCAGGAGACUCAAAUGAAGCGAUAAUAAUUAUGUUUUAUCAAAUGAUAUUUUUUGUAAUGAUAUUUUAAAUGAAAACGGUAAUUGUUAACGUCAACAUUUUUAUCGUGGUUUACUGUUACAUCCCUAAUAAGCUCACAUUGUUUUGUUUAUGGAAAAUCUGAAAAGUCUACAGGUAAAACUACAGCUGUAGUGGAGUAAAAGGUACAAAACUUCCCGUUGAAAUGUAGUAAAGUAGAAGUAUGAAGUAGCAUAAAAUGGAAAUACUACAAAUUUUACUUAAGUACAGUAUUUAACUAAAUAUACUUACCUGACCUGUAGUUGCUUUCCACCACUAUGAACACCAAAAAAUGAGGAUGCCCCCUGAAAUGGUUUGCCUUUUUUAGGAAAGCCUUCAGGAAACUGUCCAAAAAUAUGAAUGGAUGAUCUUUGGAGUAUGAUUUCAGAUAAUACAGAAGACAUGAGCAUAUUUCUGUAUUUUUUUAUUUGUAUAAUAAAUAAACUUGUAAUACUUCAGGACCACAUUUCACAACCACACAGAGUAUGAAUAAAACAUACUUUGGAUAUUUAGAAGCUGAUGCAGACAAAAACAUAUCGCCAGACAGGAAUUAAAUGUUUUUAUCCAACUGUUUCUGUGAAAGCAGUUUUCAGUAGAUUUUUACAUUAAAAGUAGAUUUUCUUUACAUUCUUCAUUAUGACUGUGAUGCAGUUAAAUUUCAGGUCUGAGUGGUUUAAUGGUAAACAAUGCAACAGGUACAAAAAAAGGCCAAAAUGAAACCGUCCACUGAUGCUACGGCUCGGUUCUAUGACGAGGGCUGAAGUUUGACUGCAAUGUACUCCUUUUGGUUAAACACAAUUUCCAACAGUAAAGAGCUAAUAAAUAAAUACACAGAUUAUGUGUUAAAGAUAAGCAACGUGCAGCUUCUGGACACAUGAGGGUCCAUAACACAAGAAAACCCACACAACCUGAAAACAAAACA